UCCAACUGAUAAUUACCCCAUUCAGACACUGGUGAAUAUGUCCCUCAGUCCAAGCCGACCUUCCUCCUCAGAGUUGGUGGAACUUCAUGUUUUCUAUGUCCCUGAAGGAUCGUGGAACUAUAAGCUAAAUAUCAUUUCAAUAGAAGUUGUUAACAAAUUCAUUUCAGCUGGAUUUAUAAGAGUAUCUCCUCACCUUACUUUACAAGCGCUGAGAGAGCGACUUGGUGAGUUCCUUGGUGAAGAUGCUGUUGCAGAAAAAUUUUUAUUUCUGAAAUGCAUUGGAAAUAAUCUAGCUGUGGUGAAGGUAAAGCAAGAAUCAGAACUGAAACUCAAAUCAUUUGCUCCUCCAUAUGCUCUUCAACCAGAAUUAUAUUUGCUUCCUAUAAUGGAUCAUUUAGGAAAUAUUUAUUCAGCAUCAACUGUUUCUUUAGAUGGGCGGCAGACUAAUAAUGGUGUUGCUGAGGCUGAUGGAAUAAUCCACAGACCACUUAGUGUAACUUUGUUGAACGAAGAACCUGGAACAGAUCCCAGUUUUUUAGUAAACACUUUGAAAGAGCUUCUUAACAAAAAUCAGGAAGAAGCUGGGGGAAAAGCCACUCCAAAAGAAAACCAGACUGGAAAAAAUCAAAUUGGAAAUUCUGAAGUUCCAGGAUCAUUGGGAGAAUCAAAUAGUGAUUAUUUUAGCAACAAAAAAAGUCAAUUUCUUUGGAAAAAUGAAGAUGAUGGAGUUAAUAUCAUUAGAACAGAGGACAAUCAGAUAGGUAAAAAAGAGUGCAUCACCCUACCAGAUCUUAUUGAUUUUCCUUCACUUCCUUGUCAACCUGCUCUUUCUCCCAGAAUAACUGAUAUCUCUUUAUUACAGAUUGAAAGAGAGAAGAUUAUUGAACAAAUGAAACAAGUAAAGGAAGAAAGACGGUAUCUGGAAAGAAUUAGAGAAGAACUAAUAAAAAAAGUUGAAAAGCUAUUUGAACAAAGCAAAUUGAAGCGAUAUCAUGCCUGUGAUGGUUGGAAGAAAAAAUACUUUGAAACAAAGAAAAUUACAGCAUCAUUAGAGGAGGUUUUAACAAAACUUCGAGAAGAUUUGGAACUUUACUAUAAAAAACUGCUCAUGCAGCUUGAAGCCAGGGAGAUCAAGAUGAGACCAAAGAAUCUGGCAAACAUCACAGACUCUAAGAAUUACCUUAUAAUCCAGAUCACUGAAGUACAGCAUGCAAUUGACCAACUUAAGAGAAAACUGGAUACUGACAAAAUGAAACUCAUGAUAGAAGUUAAGGUGAGAAAACAAGCAGUUUCAGAUUUACGCACAUUGAAAGCUGAACUGGCACAGAAAAAAUUAACACAUCUUUACAAUCUCAAUUAGUUCCUGGAAAUGUACUUAGGAGCUCAGCGGAUGAUUUUGUUCAUGAUGAAUCAGCCAAAU